AAUGUUUUUCCCACCCCUGGAAUUAAUUCUCUUACUUAUGCUUUUUGACAUUAUAGGUAAUACUGUGCUUGCAUUCUCAGUGACCUUGGACUCCAUGGGAACAUCUCACAAUAUUACGGAAUUCUUCAUGCUGGGUCUCUCGGAGAAGCCAGAGGUGCAGAGAAUUCUCUUCAUGGUUUUCCUGAUGAUUUAUGUGGCCACAGUUGGUGGCAAUGUGCUCAUUGUGGUCACUAUUGCCUCCAGCUCCAUUCUGGCUUCCCCUAUGUAUUUUUUCCUGGCCAACCUGUCCUUUGUGGACACCUGUUAUUCUUCUUCUCUGGCCCCUAAACUCAUCGCUGACUCCUUGUAUGAGGGCACAACCAUGUCUUACGAAGGCUGCAUGCUUCAACUCUUUGGAGCCCACUUUUUGGGAGGUGUUGAGAUCAUUCUGCUCACGGUGAUGGCCUAUGACCGCUAUGUGGCCAUCUGCAAGCCUCUGUACUAUACAACCAUCAUGACCAGGCAUCUCUGUGCCAUGCUAGUAGGGGUGGCUUGGCUGGGGGGCUUCCUGCAUUCCUCAAUUCAACUCCUCCUGGUCCUUUGGUUGCCCUUCUGUGGGCCCAACGUGAUCAAUCACUUUGUGUGUGACUUGUACCCUUUGCUGGAGCUCGCCUGCACCAACACACAUGUCAUUGGUCUGCUGGUGGUGGCCAACAGUGGUGUGAUCUGCCUGUUGAACUUCCUCAUGCUGGCUGCCUCCUACAUGGUGAUCCUGCACACCUUGAGGUCCCACAGUGCAGAGGGGAGACGCAAAGCCCUCUCCACCUGUGGGGCCCACUUCAUGGUUGUGGCCUUGUUCUUUGUGCCCUGUAUAUUUAUUUACAUGCGCCCAUCAUCCACUUUGCCAAUAGACAAGCACAUGGCAGUGUUCUAUGGGAUUCUGACACCUAUGCUGAAUCCACUCAUUUACACCCUGAGGAAUGAAGAGGUAAAAACUGCCCUAAGAAAGCUCUUUACACUGUAAGA